CCGUUUUGCACACGGGCCUUACCCACAUGCGGUUCAUUGAAUAAGUUGAUAGUAGAGCCAAGUGAUUGUUGACAGCAGAGUGGUCCGUUUCACUUGCCGACACGUGCUUUCAAGCACAGCGUUCUCAAAAUGUCUUCGGCGAGUGUCUUGUGACAGUUCCAACACGUUUGUCUAGAACAUGGUUAAGGAAAAGCCCGAUUCGAUCCGGACCUAUGACCAAGAUGGAUAUCGACGAAGAGCCGCCUGUUUGUGUUUCAAAGACAGUUCCGAACAGGAGAUCCUUCUGGUGACAAGCAGCCGUUAUAGAGAUCGGUGGGUGGUUCCGGGAGGCGGCAUAGAGCCGGAAGAGGAGACGAAGAUUGCCGCAUCUCGUGAGGCCCGGGAGGAAGCAGGGGUUUUGGGGCAGCUUGGCCGACACCUGGGGAACUUCGAAAAUGAAGAUAAGAAACACCGGACCUCUGUGUUUACGUUUGUAGUGACAGAUUUGUUAGACGAGUGGGAGGAUUCCAAAAGUAUGGGUCGCAAGAGAGAGUGGUUUCCCUUGUGUGAGGCGAGGGAGCGGUUGUUGCACAAGCCGGUCCAAGUCACCUACCUGGAACUACUCAAAGAUCGACCUUUGGUGACCUGAGAUUACUACAUUCCAGCCUCCCUAGUUCAAGAUGUAAAGUUGCAGGCUAUGGAUUGGCUUCAUGUACACUUCCUUUGAUUGGACAAUUAGGACCUGUUGUGGGUCAUGUGACUGGAAUUAUAAAGAAGAUGUGUAUUCUGAUUGGCUGAAGCCAGUGAUGGUUAUUAUGUAUGUAUUAUAUGGAGGUUUUAACAUACCUGUGUGAUAUGGAAAGGGAUAAUUAUUAAAGACAGGAUGUGUAUAUUGAUGAGUGAUGGGUAUGUGAGUGAGGUGUGAGAUGUGUAAGGGUUCACUUGGAAGAAAUAGCAUUUAUGUGUCAACAGUGGAAUAAGGGUGAGAGAAGUGGAUCAUACACAUUGUGAUAUCCUAUGUAACAUAUUUCCCGUACUCUUCCUAUUAUUGAGGUGCUCCGAGAACAUUGGCAUGCCAGUUCUCCCUCGUCAGACAAGUUCGCUAAUUAGUCCGAGAAACUCCUGUGACAGUUCUAUUAAAUGUAUUGAGUUAAUAAAAGGGGGUAUCAGCCCUAUUGUCCUGAGACAGCAAGUUAUUCCAAUGUCUAUCCUACACUGUUGGGUGAUCCUCCAGACAACCUGCCCUGCUAGUUGCAGUGGAGGACUGGGGAGCACUGGGGAGCACUGAAGCGGAUGCCACUCGGUUCGUCUUUUUUCAAAUUCUCCGGAUGAAGGGACUUUACAUUUAACAGUGAAUAUGCCAUCUUUUUCUGAGUUGAAAUAUAUUCUUCCGCUUGAGCAGACCACAGUCCCAAUCACCAUUCUCUGUGAUGUAGAGUUGUCUGCCCUUCAGGAAACCAGAUCACAUGGGUCUUGUCUUCUGGGCUUUGAACAUUUUUUUUGAAGAUUUUUAUUCUAAAUCCAAUUUAACUGUGCAAUUUUUCAACCACAAUCACACUUUGCUCCUAAAUGUAUUGAUUCCGAGUGGGCAUCUCGACCAUUGCUCCCAGAGUCUGUGUGGCACGACAGUGAUGUAGGAUAGUGUUAUGGAAGUGGUAACAGAUCUUUUUUUGUAAACUUUGUGGAAAACUCCAAUGAACAACGCCUCUGCUGCUCCGUGCACAAUGAUGUAAACGCCUUGCCUUCAGAUACUACUUUUACUAUGAGGAAUCAUAAACAUACAGUGUUAAUUUUUUAAGACAUUUUGAUACAAACUAUUUUAAGACUUCACAGUGGAAAAAGCUUUUGGAAUUGAUGAACAUCUAUUUUGCUACCUGUUUAGACUAGAACUUUUUCAUGAAUUUUCCAGAUUUGUCAAGUUACUGUGUUGAAAUGAACAAUGUUCCGUGUAUGUAAGAGUGUGUGAGAGAGAUUUACAUGCAGUAUUUAUUGAAGUACACACCAAGGGUGGAGUGUUGAUUCAUGCAGAUGACAUCAACAAAACUUUUGCUAUAUUUGUUUUACUUGAAUAUAUGAGUCUUACUGAUUUCCCAGACACAAGUAUUUAUAUUUACUAUUGGUGUUUGCCAAUAUCAUUUCAAGAAUUCAGCAGCACUUUGGAGUCAUUUUGCCUCUAGUUAGUUGAAGUGAAGCCUCUCAAAGUGAGUUGACAAAUAAUAUAACAUAUUUCAUAACAAUUGAAACUAUCGUGCACAUUGUACUAAAUGUUUUGUAAGUGCUGUAACUUUUAUUUUGUGGCCAGUAUAUAUAGAAAUUAUGCCAUGUAUUUGAGGCAAUCCUAGAUUCCUCUGAUCUUGGGUUAUCUUAUGAUGGAUUCCAAUUGGAUUUAAUCAGGUGCUAUAUGCCCCGGGUAAGCGGGGAUGUCAUACCAUGUGUUACUUUGUAUUACAAUGCUGAGUCAGGAGCAAGUUGAAUGCAUCGUGAUGAACAUCAGUACAUGGCUCUCUGCGUGGACUGUUUUCUUGAGAACUUAAUGUUGAUGAAUAGGUGAAAACUUCUUGGAUGGUACGACACUGCUCUGUGUUGGAGAAAGUCUGUCAAACCUGACUGUACACUGGGUACCACUGAACAUUGUUGCUGAAACAAGUCAUAUUGUGAAUAUAUCACAGACCAAUGGACAGACUGUGACUCCGGGCUGCCAGAAGUGGUCAAAAUAUUUUAUGUCACAUACACUUUGCUUGCUGGAUUUACAGAACUUGGCCUCCGACAUCCCCUGGUCUCUGUGUCUGGUAGAUGACCUCAAACAUCCCUUGGUCUCCAUGACCGGUACAUGACCUCCAACAUCACCUGGUCUCCCUGAUUGUACAUGACCUCCAACAUCCCCUGGUCUCCGCGACCGGUACAUGACCUCCAACAUCCCCUGGUCUCUGUGUCUGGUACAUGACCUCCAACAUCCCCUGGUCUCUGCGACCGGUACAUGACCUCAAACAUCCCCUGGUCUCUACGAACGGUACAUGACCUCCGACAUCCCCCGGUCUCUGUGUCUGGUACAUGACCUCCAACAUCCCCUGGUCUCUGCGACGGGUACAUGACCUCCAACAUCCCCUGGUCUGUGUGACCGGUACAUGACCUCCAACAUCCCCUGGUCUCUGCGACCGGUACAUGACCUCCAACAUCCCAUUGUCUCCGUUACCGGUACAUGACCUCCAACAUCCCCUGGUCUCUGUGUCUGGUACAUGACCUCCAACAUCCCCUGGUCUCUGCGACCGGUACAUGACCUCCAACAUCCCUUGGUCUCAGUUACCGGUACAUGACCUCCAACAUCCCCUGGUCUCUGUGUCUGGUACAUGACCUCCAACAUCCCCUGGUCUCUGCGACCGGUACAUGAUCUCAAACAUCCCUUGGUCUCCGUUACCGGUACAUGACCUCCAACAUCCCCUGGUCUACAUGACGGUUCAUGACCUCUAACAACUACUGGUCUCCGUGACUCGUACAUGACCUCCAACAUCCCCUGGUCUCUGCAACCGGUACAUGACCUCCAACAUCCCCUGGUCUCCAUGACGAUUACAUGACCUCUAACAACUACUGGUCUCCGUGACUGGUACAUGACCUCCAACAUCCCCUGGUCUCUGCGACCGGUACAUGACCUCCAACAUCCCUUGGUCUCUGUUACUGGUACAUGACCUCCGACAUCCCCUGGUCUCUGUGUCUGGUACAUGACCUCCAACAUCCCCUGGUCUCCCUGACGGUUACAUGACCUCUUACAACUACUGGUCUCCGUGACUGGUACAUGACCUCCAACAUCCCCUGGUCUCUGCGACCGGUACAUGAUCUCCAACAUCCCCUGGUCUCCGUGACUGGUACAUGACCUCCAACAUCCCCUGGUCUCUGCAACCGGUACAUGACCUCCAACAUCCCCUGGUCUCCAUGACGGUUACAUGACCUCUAACAACUACUGGUCUCCGUGACUGGUACAUGACCUCCAACAUCCCCUGGUCUCUGUGACCGGUACAUGACCUCCAACAUCCCUUGAUCUCCGUUACCGGUACAUGACCUCCGACAUCCCCUGGUCUCUGUGUCUGGUACAUGACCUCCAACAUCCCCUGGUCUCCAUGACAGUUACAUGACCUCUAACAACUACUGGUCUCCGUGACUGGUACAUGACCUCCAACAUCCCCUGGUCUCUGCGACCGGUACAUGAUCUCCAACAUCCCUUGGUCUCCGUUACCGGUACAUGACCUCCAACAUCCCCUGGUCUCUGCGACUGGUACAUGACCUCCAACAUCCCCUGGUCUCCAUGACGGUUACAUGACCUCUAACAACUACUGGUCUCCGUGACUCGUACAUGAUCUCCAACAUCCCCUGGUCUCUGCGACUGGUACAUGACCUCCAACAUCCCCUGGUCUCCAUGACGGUUACAUGACCUCUAACAACUACUGGUCUCCGUGACUCGUACAUGAUCUCCAACAUCCCCUGGUCUCCGUGACGGUUAAAUGACCUCCAACAUCCCCUUGUCUCCCUGAUGGUACAUGACCUCCAACAUCCCCUGGUCUCUGUGACCGGUACAUGACCUCCAACAUCCCCUUGUCUCCACGACCGUUACAUGGCCUCCAACAUCCCCUGGUCUUUGUGACUCCUCCCAACUUUCCCUGGUUUCCGUGGCCGUCUUAAGGAACUAGGCUCCCACAUAAAUACAUUUCAAUUUCAAAUCCAACCAUUAAGACUUUAAUUCCCGCCUCCUCCAGCUGCCAACUUCAAUUACCUGUGACAGCUGAUAUCGCUAAUUAAACAGAGAUGAGAGUAACGCUGUAAUGUAGGAGAAAAUGUCCAGGUGUGUGUUAUACCCAGGGUCCAGUGUACAGAGGGAUCCAAGCGUCCAUCUCAACACCAGUUUUCAUGUUGUGAAAAACCAGAUUUCAUGCUGUGAAAACACAUCAACAUGGUUCAUAGAAGCUGUCUCACUCACAGGUUAAUCGUUAUCAUUUUAAUGUAGGUACAUCAUCACGGUUCAAAUAAGAGUAUUAUUUUUUCAGUUUUUGCUCAGUUAUAUUUUCAGAAAUAAGAGUAUUGUAUUCAAGUUGAAAGCAAGAUUCUUACAGAAGUAAUUCUCUGAGAGUUUGAUAUGCACAUUUGUUCACAUUGGUUUUCCUGUUCUGCAUAUUACCUACACUUUUGAUUGUUUAGUUUGUAUGAAGAGCUUUACAACAUCGCUGUGAUUUGGCUGUUGUACUGUCUGUAUUGAGCCAGGACUACAUGGGGCACUGUACAGGGAUAGUGUAACAGCCAUAGCUUGUCAAGGCAACAGAUUCAGGUCUUGGUUAUUUACGUGAGAGACCAUCUUUCCGAGGCAAGGGCUUUAACUGACUACAAAGGCAAAUCCUGCAGUCGACCAAAAUCUACCAUUCGUGACCAACUCGUGUUAUUCCGGGACAAGCCGAAUAGCGACUCGUGCCCAUCUCAUGGCUAUUUUUGCGACCGGGUUCCGUCUUAGCGCAAACGGGCAUACCUAAAACAAUUGUCAACUCGUUGCGUAAUGGUUCACAUAUAUUUCCUCAUAUAUUAUAUAUAUUUCAGAUUCAAUUUAAAGCACAUCUGGACAUGGGGAAUUAUACAGUAUGAUUGAACAUAUUUAACUGUGUCUUGGGUAUAUUUUUAGAUGCAAGACAUAUGUAAAAUCAAAGAUUAUUUCUGAGGGAUUCUUUGAUGAACAACUUGAAAUCAUAUGCGCAUUCUGAUUGGUUUGUCGUAUUUUCGCACGCAACAUUCAUUGAUAGGGGGACGAGUCUUCUUGCAGGUUAUGGAAAGGGGCAAGUGGUGACGAAUGAAAAUCUACUGGUUGAAAUCCAUGUAGUUCGUUACACAUUUUGAUUGGACUAUGUGCAUACUCAUUAGUCCAGCCAAAAUGUAACUCCAGAAUACCAGCCUAGUUCAGCAAGGGUGGGAACUGGACUUUCAUAGUCAGUUAACGCCUUGCCUUGGGAAGAUGGUAAGAGACAAGAGAUUUGUAUUUGUGCCGGUAUAUUGGUACCUGAAUCUGUACCUGUACAUCUACUUGAAGACUUGUAACAGAAUCUAUGUCUGUACAUUUAACAGUAGAUACGUACCUGUGUAAUUACCUGUACAUCUACCUGAAGACUUGUAACGGAAUCUAUGUCUGUACAUUUAACAGUAGAUUCGUACCUGUGUAAUUACCUGUACAUCGAUUGCAGACUUGGUCUUGUGUAUCUACCUGUAGCUACCUGUGUAACGCCUGUUGAUUUCUACCUGUACAUUACCACCCUCGUUAGCUAGCUGUGUGGAAGUGUGCUAUGUGCUGUGUAUUUACGUCACUAUUGUUGGUAAGCGUGAACAUCUUUGUAACCAGUUGCUUUUAUAUACUAGACUGUACAGAGAUAUUAUGUACUUUAUCUAUUUACAACUGCUCUGUUUUGAUGUGGACUAUUAGAGUUUGAUGUAUUUAUAUACCGGUAAGCCUGUUCACAUGAGAGCCACUUUUCUAAUGUGGCCUGGUCAGUGUGACAUAAAAAAGCAAGCGACGGUAUUCCAUGUCACCAUAAUGACCAGAUUGUCUUUGAUUUUCAGAUUAAGUGUAUCAUUUACACCUGUAUACUGAUGGCAUUAAAUAAGGGAACACUAAUAACGAAGAUGAAGUUAAUAGCUUUGUCUAGUGAUACUCUGGUCCUGCUGUUGGUACAUGAUGCAAACUUUGGACUUUUAACCAACAGGUGAGGGACCAACAAAUCUGUACCAUGUCAGGUUAUAAGUGCUCAUGCAUAAGGUCCAGGGUGUUAUUUAUUAAAAAUAAACAUGGCGAUAUUUGUUCACAUCGAAAGUUUGUUUUGAGAGAUAAUAAUUACAACAAACUGCCCUGCUAAUGUUUAUUUUGUCGAGACACUUUUACUUCACAAACUUCUCACAGAAACAGUGCGACAAGCUCACUCAUGUCGGACAGAUGAAUCCUCUUGCACAUGUUCCCAUAUUUUUGCUCAUCAGUAUGACCACUUUCAAAGACUUUUCAUGAGUGAUACUGAUUCAGCCGUAGAUUCAGCUCCAGAUUCAAUAACCCUGCUGUGGCAGCAAGUUAAUAUAUACACCAACAUUUGCCAUCAGAUGGCGCGACCGCGGUAUUGUAUGUGUGCUGUGAUGUCCUAGAAGGCAUUUCCCAUUAAUUCACUGUCUAUGCUCAACACACUCCAUUACACCAUGACACUGUGACAGUCGAGCCUUCUUCAAAGGGUGGUGGUCGUCUCCACACACAGUUCCUGUCCACAAAAGUAACCGUUGUUUAGAUUCUCUACCUGCUGUGAUAUGAUGGUAAUAAAGGUGUAUGCCAUUAUCAAUGUUGUUGAAGACUCAGUUUCUAAAUCAAACUGAAGCAAGCCGAAACAAUACCAUCCAGAAGAGGGUGAUAAAUGCUUUUAUUCACAUCCUCUAUUUAGUUGACUUCAAUAUAUAUCACAUAAUGAAAUAUUAAUCAGAAAAAAGGGACAAGCUAUGAAAUAGCACUAACUGUCUUAAGUGUUAUCAGAUAUAAGCACAGUAUUGAUCUAUGAAGAGGUUGCCAGAUUUCGUCAAAUAUCCCUUAACACCAGGUGUCCAUCAAGACAAAACAGUUAAUGGAAAUUUUGCAUAGACUGCUCACUAGGUGAGUGUAACCGCUGGGCAUUCAGAUCAUGUGAGACAUAUUUAAUGCCAUUAGUGAUGCCGUCAGGUCCACUAACGGUGGGGUCCCAUGAAGAUUCUGGGUUAGAACUGGUCUUCAGCAAUCUAACUACCUUCAGUGACUAUCGGGAUUGGGUGGUCAGGCUUGCUGACUUGUUUGAUGCAUGACAUCGUAUCCCGAUAUCUGUAUCCGUAGAUCAAUGCUCAUGAUGUCAAUCACUCGAUUGUCUGGUCCAGAUUUGAUUUUUUACCGACCGUGUCAUGUAGCUGGAAUAUUGCUGAGAGCGGCGUUAAACAGUAAACAAACAAGCAAACAAAACAGUGGUGGGACAAGAUACCUCGGAGUGCACAAUAAGCAGCAGCUGGAAGUGCUCGUAAAAUCAACCCUUCAGUCAGAGUACCUGGGGAACAGCAGUAUUAAACCUGACCAUCAACUGUAGGUCAUCUGUUGAUGAUCAGAUCAUUUACAGGUAGUACAGUUUGUAGGUAGACCAAUGAAUGGGCAGGUCAGUAUACAGGUAGGAAGGUUUAUGAAUAGGCUAAUUAAUGAGCUGAUCUGUUUACAGGUAGUACAGUUUUUAGUUUGACCAAUUAAUGGGCAGAUCAAUUUACAGGUAGGAAGGUUUAUGAAAGAGGUGGGUUUAGCAGAAGAUCGAUUUAUAAGGUGCUCGGUUUAGAAGUUACAGAUGCAUCACGGCGUCAAUGUUGCAUUGACAGGGCAGGUAAUCUUGUUUGUUCUCACAGGUUUGGAGGUAAUUAGUUUUUUCUGUUCCAUACCACAUUGUAAUACUUCAAGUCUUUAAAGGGCGUUCAGAGGUGAUAGACAUAAGGAAGAGUUUUUAUGGAUGUCAACUUGUUGAUUAUGAAGAACAACAUUUCGGAGUAUAUACUUACCCCUUCAUCAGGUGAAUGAUUUAUCAUUGUUGACAUCCUUAAUUUCUCUUCCUUACUGUAAUACUUUGAUUUAAAUAAUAUUUUCACAAUGAGUUAAGAUUUGGUUCCUUAUUAUAGCCAAAUCAAACAACUUCACCAUACACCCUGUUUAUAGUGUUAAAACCUUCUGGGUAUCUAGAUGUCCUGUUGAUAAAGUUGUGAUGGAUUUUAAGAUCCCUGUUUUUCAAGAAACAUUUUAUGAACAAGUUUCAAUUAUAUUUGUAUCAACAUUUUUGCAUAUUGAUGUCAACUUUUAUAACUGAUAACUCUGUGUAACUCCAUGGCCUUUAAUGACACAUAGGGUAUUGCGGUACUAAUGGGCUGAAGCCAGAUAUUACACAACGGGGUUACUUCCCCCUAGUCUGCCAACAGGCUUUUUUGUUUCGGAAAAGCAUUUUAUGUUCUCAUAUACUAGCUGAUAAUUAGACAUUUCAACAAGAUACUUUCAAUUGCAAACAUUUAGUGUUAAUAAGUUAUUUCAUAUGAAACUAUUUCCUGUGAGGUUUGAUUUGUCACUGUUUGCAAGUGGACAACAAAUGAAAAAUAUAUGCCUUGGUUGGUCCAGGUAGUCUUAGUGACAUUCAGUUGAUCUUCCAUUGUCACUCCCAGGUACAUGUAGUGGCUCCAAGUCAGUCCCCAGGCAGUUGUGGAUGAAUGUUUUACCCUUCCUGCUGAUCACAGUAUUUGUAGAAAGUAUAAUGUGCUCAUCACAGUACUGGUCUAUAGUAUGAUACUAUACUGAUCUAAAUAUUGGUAUGUGGUAUGAUUGUGCUGAUCACAAUACCGGUCAGUAGUAUGAUACUAUACUGAUCUAAGUAUUGGUAUGUGGUAUGAUUGUGCUGAUCACAGUAUAUGGUAUGUAACUAUUUCCAUGGCCAAACAUAAGAAGGGUUUGAUAAUGAUUCUUUGUGUUAAUGAAUUAUCUUACUAGUUAGUCUUUCCUGGAGAAAGAAACUGACCAUAAUGCUUUAGCCGUGUUCAUGUACUCAACCAGGCGUUCCCAGUACGGGUGAUCCUGACGUAAGAGGCUUGUGUGUGCAUCCAACAUUCGCUCUGACCAUACAUCCAUUGUGUAUAAAUUACUGUUUGUUUCUGUGUUAGAGACACCACUAUUGCCAAACAACAAGGCAAGGUCACUGAUGUUUACGUACCUUACAAUUAUGUGAAAUUAAGUUUUGAAUAACUGUGUUCUUUCAGAAUACAUUAUGCACACAAAACACCUGCCAACCAAUCUUGUUAUCCAACCGCUAGUGGAUAUAAAACACUGUUCAGUUUUCAAGUGCCAAUCAGGAAAUAAAACAAACUGUGCAGAGA